AUGUUCGAAAUGGUUCUAGUUAUCGUCCCAAUCAAGUUUCAGAGCGUUACAGUUUCUCGAAAUGUGUUUUUCCAAUUUUUUUCUAUUAUUUUCGUACUAAGGGUAGUUUUUAAGACACUCCGACGGCAGGUAAAGGGUUGUCCUUUGGUGGGAAUGUUCGAAAUGGUUCUAGUUAUCGUCCCAAUCAAGUUUCAGAGCGUUACAGUUUCUCGAAAUGUGUUUUUCCAAUUUUUUUCUAUUAUUUUCGUACUAAGGGUAGUUUUUAAGACACUCCGACGGCAGGUAAGGGGUUGUCCUUUGGUGGAAAUGUUCGAAAUGGUUCUAGUUAUCGUCCCAAUCAAGUUUCAGAGCGUUACAGUUUCUCGAAAUGUGUUUUUCCAAUUUUUUUCUAUUAUUUUCGUACUAAGGGUAGUUUUUAAGACACUCCGACGGCAGGUAAGGGGUUGUCCUUUGGUGGGAAUAUUCGAAAUGGUUCUAGUUAUCGUCCCAAUCAAGUUUCAGAGCGUUACAGUUUCUCGAAAUGUGUUUUUCCAAUUUUUUUCUAUUAUUUUCGUACUAAGGGUAGUUUUUAAGACACUCCGACGGCAGGUAAGGGGUUGUCCUUUGGUGGGAAUAUUCGAAAUGGUUCUAGUUAUCGUCCCAAUCAAGUUUCAGAGCGUUACAGUUUCUCGAAAUGUGUUUUUCCAAUUUUUUUCUAUUAUUUUCGUACUAAGGGUAGUUUUUAAGACACUCCGACGGCAGGUAAAGGGUUGUCCUUUGGUGGGAAUGUUCGAAAUGGUUCUAGUUAUCGUCCCAAUCAAGUUUCAGAGCGUUACAGUUUCUCGAAAUGUGUUUUUCCAAUUUUUUUCUAUUAUUUUCGUACUAAGGGUAGUUUUUAAGACACUCUGACGGCAGGUAAGGGGUUGUCUUUUGGUGGGAAUGUUCGAAAUGGUUCUAGUUAUCGUCCCAAUCAAGUUUCAGAGCGUUACAGUUUCUCGAAAUGUGUUUUUCCAAUUUUUUUCUAUUAUUUUCGUACUAAGGGUAGUUUUUAACACACUCUGACGGCAGGUAAGGGGUUGUCCUUUGGUGGGAAUGUUCGAAAUGGUUCUAGUUAUCGUCCCAAUCAAGUUUCAGAGCGUUACAGUUUCUCGAAAUGUGUUUUUCCAAUUUUUUUCUAUUAUUUUCGUACUAAGGGUAGUUUUUAACACACUCCGACGGCAGGUAAGGGGUUGUCCUUUGGUGGGAAUGUUCGAAAUGGUUCUAGUUAUCGUCCCAAUCAAGUUUCAGAGCGUUACAGUUUCUCGAAAUGUGUUUUUCCAAUUUUUUUCUAUUAUUUUCGUACUAAGGGUAGUUUUUAACACACUCUGA